AUGGCUGCAGUUCAUCAUGCACCUAAUCCCCCUGUUAUCCACAAUUUUGCAACCACCGACGCAUUAGUUGAUACGUUAGCAAAUUUUUUGAUCAAGACGCAGAAGGAUGCCAUCGACAAGAAAGGCAGAUUCACUAUCGCCCUCUCGGGUGGCUCGUUGCCAAAGAUGCUGAGAGGACUGAUUGGUAACCCUGCGACCAAGUGGGACAAAUGGCAAGUAUUUUAUGCAGAUGAACGUGCCGUCCCACUCGACCAUCCCGAUUCCAAUCACAACCUCUGCACCCAAGACCUGUUCUCCAAAGUACCCAUUCCGAAGGAUCACGUUCACACUAUCGACGUUUCUCUCCUGGAUGACCUUGAAGAACUCUCCGAUGCGUACGAAAAGGAACUGAUUCGUGAAUUCGCUCAAAAAGACGCAGCCAGGUUCCCAGUGUUUGAUUUGAUUUUACUGGGUAUGGGACCAGACGGGCAUACUUGCUCAUUAUUUCCUGGACACGAAUUGCUGGCGGAAGAAGACCGAUGGGUCGCGUACCUGGAGGAUUCUCCCAAGCCUCCACCUAAGAGGAUCACUCUUACCUACCCGGUUAUCAACCACGCCGCAAAAGUUAUAUUUGUUGCCACAGGAGAGGGGAAGGCGGAGGUUUUAAGCAAAGUUUUGGAUCGCCCUGAGGAAGGAUUGCCUGCUUCACGGGUAAAGCCUGCCUUCCCUGGCCAGGUCUACUGGUUCAUCGACGCCCCGGCAGCGGCUAAGCUUCAGCAGCAACCUUCUCCAGUGAACCUCUGA